ACUGAUCAGUCAGUCGCUCUCGCUUAUCUAUGCGCCAUUUCUGGAGACGAACUUUCCAUUGGCACGAAUCUUUCUUCUCAACUCCAUUUUUUCCGGCAUUGGAUUCCGUUUCCGGCGACAAUCUUCAAGAUCUUAGUGUUAUUUAAAAAUGAGUUCAACCAGAGGGCGUGGGAAGCCUUCAAGCUCAGGCACCAACAGUGAGAAGUCACCCAAGGAGAGCAAUGCUUCUGGAAUUUCUACCACUACGCUGGGCCAUUUGAGUCAGGGUGUUGCGGAUGUUAGCCUGGAAUCAGGUCACGCAGAUGGCGAUUGGGAAGUUUAUGCCAAAAAGUCCAGGAACAAAGCUGGGACCAAUGCAAAUAAACAAUGGGGUGCCCAGAAUUUCAGUCCUAAAUCAACAGAUAUGGUUCAAACGUCAGGCACACUUAAUGGUGGUGGGCGAGGAAAGGCAUCUGGUAAGAAUUGGCAACCUCAACACCCUGAUGCAAGGAUAAUGGCUACACCAGCAUUAAUACGCCCUCCCCUGGAGCAUGGCUGGAAUUGGCGCUCUAGGGCAGGUUCCAGUCAAAGUAGGGUGUUGGAAGAUGCCCAACAUGAAGAUGAAUUUAACUCAAACUCAUAUCCAAGUAACGAGAAUGAAGAAAAUGACAAUGUUGAUGAUUCUGAUGAUGAUCUGGAGGAUAGUGAUGAUGAUUUCUUAAGUGACGACUGUGAUUCUGACGCAAGUCAAAAGAGCUAUGAGACUCGAAAGAAGAGUAGAUGGUUUAAGAAAUUCUUUGAGAUUUUGGAUCGUUUGACUGUUGAUGAGAUUAGUGAUCCUGCUAGGCAGUGGCAUUGUCCAGCAUGCCAAGGAGGCCCUGGUGCCAUUGACUGGUAUCGUGGCCUGCAACCCUUGAUGGCACAUGCCAGAACGAAAGGAUGUAGAAGGGUGAAGCUGCACAGAGAGCUAGCAGCAAUGUUGGAGGAGGAUUUGCGGUGUAAAGGAGCAUCCAUCAUUCCUGCUGGUGAACAAUUUGGCAAAUGGGAAGGUCUGAAAAACGAAGACAAAGAUCACGAGAUUGUGUGGCCUCCUAUGGUUGUUAUUAUGAAUACAAAGCUUGAGCAGGAUGAAAAUGACAGGUGGAUUGGCAUGGGAAAUCAGGAACUCCUUGAAUACUUCAGUCCAUAUGUUCCUGUCAAGGCACGACACUCGUAUGGCCCGCAGGGGCAUCGUGGGAUGAGUGUUUUAAUUUUUGAGUCCUCAGCAAAGGGUUAUUUAGACGCUGAGCGCUUGCAUAAGCAUUUCAUUGAACAAAGAACAGGUAGAGAUGCUUGGGAUCGUAAGGGGAGGAUUCUGUUUUAUCCUGGUGGGAAGCGCCAGCUCUAUGGUUUUAUGCCUCUAAAAGAAGACCUCGACCUUUUUAACCAUCACAUGCAAGGUAAAUCUAAGAUGAAAUUUGAGAUGAAAUCAUACCAAGAGAUGGUCGUUGAUCAGAUAAGGAAAAUGAGCGAGGACAACCAGGAGCUUAGCUGGUUGAAGAACAGGGUGGUAAAAGAACGAAGUAAGGUUAAGGCCUAUGAAGAAUCUCUUGGUAAAGUGUGUGAAAAGCUUAGGAAAACCAAGGAAGAGAAUAGAGUUGUUAGACAAAGAACCCUUAUGCAACACAGAGAGACUAAAGAAGAGAUGCAAUUGCAAGAACAAUUUUUCAAUGAUCAAAUCAAACUAUUGCACGAAAUGAGGGACGAAAAGGAAGAGAAUUUUGAAAGGUUGCAGCAGGAGGAACGUGAGAAGAUGAAACAAACUGAUGGAAGCCAUUCAAAUACACAUAAUUAUAGAAACAGGGUGGAGGUAGUUGCAAGGUUCAUAAAGUUUCAAGAGAAGGAGAUAGAAGACUUUGUAGCAGAAAGGGAGGAGCUGAUAAAAGCUCAUGAGGAACGGAUGGCAGCAAUGAAACGAAGACAUUGGCUCGAAGAAGUUGAGCUCGAGAAAGGAUUCAAUGCAGAACUAGCUCGGUUGAUGGAAAAGUAUUCCCCUCAGAGUUCAAAAGAUGCAGAAGCGCCACAGUCGAGCUGAGGGUCGAGUCGAGACCACAGCAAAGGUAAGCAAAUGGAGUAUUGCAAUCCAUUUUAUGUUCUUCUCUAACGUUGAUACAGGAAGGAUAACAAAAA